AUGGGCGAAUAUGAAGAGUUGGUGGAACUCGGCUUCGAAGGUGUUGAUAAGGUUGUAGACAAAUACCACGACAAGGCUUUUGACAAAGUUGGAAAGCAUUCGCCAUCUUGGCAUCGGCGACACGACCGCCAGCAGCAGCAACAAGGGGUUCGAAACCCUCCAGCGAGCGAAUCGUCUCGCGCAAAUCGCGAUACUUCGAGAGGUCGAGACGACAGUGAAUCUAACUCCGACAUGUACGCUCCUGAUCGCCGGCAAGAGCGCGACUACCAGGACCGGAGGGAUACGCGAUAUGUGUCUGAUGAAACCUUCUAUCAUCGAGGCCCAGAUGCAGGCGCCGUUGUAAUGCGCGGCAGCGACCCGUACAAUAAUGCACGAGGGUACGAAGUUCAACAAUACCGAGAGCCCCAGUACGACAACCGCCGCCCGCAGCCCCAGAGACGCCGCUCAUCAUGGUCGCCACAGCGAUCUGGAAGAGAUCGCGGCAACGAUCGCCAUGCUCGCUCAAGAUCGAGGUCGAGGUCGCGGUCAAAAGACAGACAUCAUCGAAUUGCAGCCACUGUCGCUGGAGGUUUGAUCGGUGGCCUCAUAGGCAAUCAAGUCCAAAAAGGCAGGAAGUACGAUACGGCUGCGACUAUUGCAGGAGCUGUAAUUGGCGGUCUCGGUGCUAGGGAAGCUUCAGAGCAGUGGGACAAGAGGAGAGUGCGAAGAGAAGACUGUGACGAGAAGUGGGAUGAGAAGUAUGGCGACGAUCGAGACCGCAGGAGAGACGACCGCCGAGAUGAUCAAUAUGACGAACGUGACAACGAUCGCCGAAGGCACCAGGACAGGGACUGGCGAUAAUAAAUGGCACACUGGGACGAACUGCAACGACUGUUAUGAUAUCAGUUGUGGACUUGGGUGUUUCCUUGACAGGCCUGAGGGUUAUGGGACGGCAACGAUUUCUUUGGUGACAUGGCAGGG